UUACAAUUCAAGCCACAAUAGAAGCAUGGUUGAUAUAUCAAAUGCCCGGCCCCACGCGCUUCGGAUCGUCCUCGUUGUCUCGGUCUUGCUCGGCGUCUUUUUGUUCCUCGACCCGAUUGGCUUCGCAUCAUCAUCCAUGGCAAACCAGACGCCAGGCACGACCAAUUUCAUCACACACAUCGUACUGUUCGAAUUCAAACCCAAUGCGGGAGCCACUGCAGUUGAUGCGGCAUGCGCCAAGUUCCUGGCGCUCAAGGACAACUGCCUCGCGCCAAACUCGCAGCAUCCCUACAUCACUGGCAUCUCGGGCGGCAAGUACAAUUCGAACGAAGGCUUGCAGAAUGGCCUGACACACGGCUUCAUCGUGCACUUCGCCAACGCGGACGACCGGAACUACUACGUCGAGCAAGACCCGGCCCAUCAAGCCUUCAAGAAGGAGAUUGAGCCACUCAUAGCAAAAACCACAGUGCUCGACUUCACGAACGGCAAGUUCUAAUGCAGUCCCUUGUAUCACCACGUCAGACACCUCUGCGGUUAUGCACAUGGUAAUCAGUCGAUAUGGUCGUAUAUGCGGCAACGCGACUGCUCCAACGCAAUCACAUCUCUUUCGCAUCAUGCAAGGCGACCGUCCGCGACACCAGUGUCUUCCAUGUCGCUCCGGCUGUGGGGAGGCCGAGAGAUUCGAGUCGACUUAGCAGGGUAUUUCCGGCGGCCAAGAUGAACGCAGAUGAGAGCCCGAGAGGAGGGCUCGUCGAAAGGUGUGUACGUGGCUGGUUCAUCGAUAAGACUCUCGCCUUGAAUCCCACUCAUGCCACUGCGACGGCCACUGCCCGCUCUUAGCAGCCAGAACUUGAACUCAAGCAUACUAGGCCACCCGUUGUUGAAGGACUUUGAACACAAACCCAGCUGUUGCUCCUGCAUCAUUAUUAGCUAUAUAUAGCCUGUAUAUUUUGGCGUACCCUCGAACGCGUAGUCUUGUU